GAGAGUGUGGUACACUUGGUCCCGCAUGAACCAACAACGCUUUCCAUCCCGCGAGUCGCAUGCUGUUGGCUUCAGUUGUCUAGCGAUCAUAGGAGUGAUUGGAGCGACACACAAUCGCGGCAGCCUAGGAACGUAGCAACAGUCUUAGCAACUGAUUUUCGGUGCCAAAGUGCGAAACCCACAGUUCGACGAGCCUCAACAGUCUCACCGAGGGAGUCGUCCACCAAAUCGGAAGAGCCCACACGAAGAGAGCCCAAAAGGAGAGAGAGAGCGCGCGAGAGGGAGUUGGGUUGUGCAUUUUGCUGGCUGAAGAUCAUCCGUAACUGACCGCGGCCGAGGCUACCACUGUGCGUAGUCGUGCGAGAUCAGUUGGACGUUCCGGUCCAGAAAAGCCCCCGUGGUUCACCCAGCACGAUCGCGGUCAACGUCAAAUUGGAUGUCCGCGUACAAAAACUACCCCGGAAGCAGAAGCAAACGCUAAAGCCAAAAGUCCAGUCGAAGCAAGCCUAGGCUGGGAAGUUUUGCAACCAAGAGACAGAAAUCGUGCCAAGUUUGAACAAUAAGUGAUACGUGGAGCUCCGUCCGCCUUCCUUUCUGCAUUUGCCCUUAUCAGAGUCGCGGUUUCGAGGAAUUCCAACAAAAAAAACAUCGUUUUCCGGGGGUUUCGACUAGCGCACUAGUGUUCGGUGUUCGGUGUGUUGUGCCAGCGUACUAAAGCAUCGUUCGACUUGGCAUCCGGUAGUGAAUCCCCUCGUAGUAGUACUAGUGGUGCUGGUGUUGGCAGUGAGUUCAGCUCGUCCGAUCGCCGAAACGACGAGUUCGAAAGUUCGCGUGCCACCGGUCCCGAUACGGAGUUACCGACCCAGCAAGACCCCCUACAGGAGCCUAAGAGCCUUGAACUUGACCGAAUCCACAAGAUGACGGACGUUGCCCACGAACUUGGCGCCCUUCGGUUGAUAGUGGACUCGCCGCUAUCGUCGAAGGUGGCCCUCUUUAACCAGACCGCCCAAAGCCACCGGGAAUCGCAGCUUUCGAAUCCGUUCUCGGACGCACAGGCCACGCGCGGUAUGGCAAGGCUACAGAUCAGCAAGGAGGAGUACGGCAAACCGAAAGCGGGCAGCCUGACGGAAUACCGAGGGAAGAAGGCCAACAUUCAGGUGUACCAGGAAAUGCUUGAACUAUGCCAGGUGAUCGACACCGAUGGUGUGCCGGUAUCGAAGAAAACUCCGGACAUCAAAAUGAUCUACUUUGGCGAGCUGUUCAAUAUCUAUACACACAUCAAUGACAAGCUGGUCGGUUUGCUGCUGCGUGCCCGUAAGCACGAUCUGAUACAGUUCGAGGGCGAGUGUCUGUUCCAGCGCCGCGAUGACCAUGUACCAGUCUACCUGACGAAACCGGUCAGCCAGAUCCGGGAGAUUCUCGUCGGGAAGCAGACGGAAAUUCGACGCAGCUUAAGUCCGAACCCUCAGCCCACCAACAUGCUGCCCUAGGAGUAGCCGAAACGUUUUACCUAAAUCUAUAUCGAAUGUAGGCCAGAUCCUGUCAUCCUGUCCCGGGAAUGGAGGUCCCAACGGUGGCGCACCGGGGAAUGCGACCGGUGAUCGUCCCAUUCGGUGUGACGCACCAUGAGCACACAUCACUUAAUUUGUAUAUUUUGGGUAGCAGGCAGGAUGUUAGGAUGUUUACUAGUUACUUAUACAGAGCAACGACGACGCUAGCCGCUGGUGGCUCCAGGUUUGACUGGAAAUGUUACCAGAAAAGGUGUGGUUCUUUUGUGAGCCCGACAUCACCCAGACAUCGUUCAAGGAUGUCCGGUGUAGCCAGGAACAUGUCUAAAUUUUCAUAUUUAUUUUUGGUUUCUCCUUUUUGGUUAUUUUUUUUAUAUCCCCGGAGUUGUUCCGGGGUUGCCGUUGCAGGAGGAUUAGGGCUGAUUGCAUUGUUUCGAUUCGAACGUGUCGGCCGUCGCCGUCGUUCGAUUUAUUCCAGGGAUGUAUACCAAAAAAGGGUGAAGCGGAGUGAAAUAGAGAGGCAGCGUAAAAAGCACAAAAUGCGAUACAAUGCAUGGAACCAAAUAGAUGUAAAUGAUCGUAGGAAAUACUCAUAAUUAUACGUGUCCAAAUUCUACUAGGUCUCAAAACGUUUCCUUUCGCCCUUUCCUAGCGCUCGUUCUUAGCUGCAUCCAUUAGCCUCUUUCAAGCAAACGUGUUUUCUGUUUCGCUUCAUUAGUUUUAACACUUUUUUUGUUUUCUCAUGUUUAUCAUUUCGUUUCAUCAUAUCUUGCGUUGUAUUCUGUAUUAUUAUUCUAUUUGUUUUGCGAAUCAAUUAUAGUUAUAAUUGUUAUUGUAGGGACAGUAUUAAGGUAGUCGUAGAGCUUACGCUGAGUCGGGAAAUGGUUUAAAAUAGGGAAAAAUUCGAACCGAGGCGCCAAACAAACAUUAACAGAUAAACCCUAUCGUCUUGAUCGAGUAAGUGAGGCAAUAGACCGGCUAGUAGCAGUCUCCCUGUUAAGCAAAAGUGAUAAGAGGAAGCGCAUGCAGCAUCUAUGAACAUCUCUUCAAAAAUAAAGAUCAUGCUAUGCAUAUCAACGGAACGGCGUAAACGGUACGAAAUCCCAUGGCACUCGCACUCUGAGAAAUGGAAUGUGAACAGUCCACAGCACAGACCACAAACAAUGGAGAGUAACAUUAUUGAUGAACAUUUUAAUGGAAAAAUAGCGUCGAUUGUGGUAGAAUGGAAUGUUUCACUUCCUGGCAGACGCAGGGAAAAAAGAAAGGAGAGUUCGUCACUCGAACGAACCGGGGCCAGAGUAGCAGAAAAUGAUAAUGAUAAACCGAAUAAAAAUCGCAAUUAUUAUGAAACCCUUAGCUGCUGCGC